AUGGAUGCAUUUCGACGCUUAAUAGAAAAGAGAUUAUCCAGAAUCUCUUUAAUAGAAUCAAUGAAUGAACUUAAUCAAAAUAAACAAUUAGAUCCCAUAGCUAUCUAUUUUUAUUAUGCAUCUUUAAGGAUUGUUCACCAACUACGUAGAAAGCUACCAGAACCUUCAAUAAAUCUAAGAGUUCAGGAUAUAUUAAGAUGUUUAACCUUAUUAGAGAAAUGUGUUAGUGAAUAUGGAGCUUUAGUAACUUCUUUUAAAGAAGAGGCAAUUACUAAUAAUAAUAAGGAAUAUUUAGAAGAAACAAUAUAUAAAACUAUAAAUGAGCUUGGAUAUAAGGAAUUGCUUAAUAAGGAAUUAGAAGCAGCAAAUCAAGAAUCAUUAGAUUUACAUAAGGCACAAAGAAUAAUUCCCGGAGUAUACUUAGGUGGUGUUGUAGUUGCAAAUGAUAUGGAAAAACUUAAACAAUAUGGCAUUACGCAUAUUGUAUCAUGUAUACCAAAUGGAUGCAGAUUUCCUAAAGAAUUUCAAUAUUUAAAUAUUCCACUUUGUGAUAGUCCAUUUGAAGACAUCAGUAAAUAUUUUGUAUGCUCAAAUGAGUUUAUUAAAGAUGCAUUACAAAAUUCAACUGUUGAAAAACCGACUUGUGUAUAUAUUCACUGUGCAGCUGGAAUAAGUCGGGCUCCUACAAUAUGCGCUGCAUUUUUAAUAAAAGAACUCAAGAUAACAACCCAACAAGCUCUAAAACUUAUAAAAUUAGCAAGACCAUACAUUGCUCCAAAUCCAGGUUUUUUAAAACAACUAUAUUCUUAUUAUUGUUUAUUAAAUAGCACAGGUCAUUUAUCAAAUAAUCAAUUAUUGAAUACACAAAUAUUAAGUAUAGAUUCAAAUUCAAUUUCAGGAGUUAAAUGUUCCACAAUAUGGAAAAGGAAUAUAAAAAGAAAGGAUAAUAAUACAUAUCAAAAUAAAUCUUCAAAAACGAAUUAG